CGCGCGAGCCAUUGGGUGGAGCAGCGGCGUCGCGUGCUGCGGAUCACACUCGGUAGGUCGUUAAACGCUGCGCGCGCUUUGGUUGCAGAUGCAGGUCGCCGAGUGUGAGCGCGAGGCGGGGGGAAAUGGCGAACGGGCGCGGGCGGCGGUGCGCCUCGUGAGGAUACAGUAAGACACCGGGAGCUCGAGGACAGACCGGAGCCGGUAAAAGGACCCAUGGACGACUCGGAGCCCGCAGAGGACGGCUUACUCGCGGGGUUGCGGUGGAACCGGAGCGCACGGGACCAGGCUCAGCUCAAACACAAAAUCCGGGACCUGCCGGGGCUACUCAAGCACGGGCUGCACCUGCGGAAGAAGAGCCAAUCACCCGACACUAUCCCCGGCCCGAGCACUGGACCCACAGUACACAAGUCUUGUUCCCAGAGUUUUCCAUGUGCUGGUCGGACUGUGAGGAAUGCCUUCCUCUCUCAUGGACCAUACCCAGCUAAAGACAAGAUCCACCUGGCCAGAAUCAUACGGCGUAGCUAUGUGGGCGUGGAGCUGGUGCAGUGGCUGUGUGAGCAGUGUGUGUACGUACGCUGUCGGACUACUGCUGUGCGUGUCUGGCAGGUGCUGCUGGAGCUGGGAGUCCUGCUGUCUGUGGACCAGCGGGUGGUGUUUUCAGACUCCAACUCUUACUACCAGUUCAGCUUUGAGGAGUGUGACUCCGCCUCCUGCGAGUUUCGCUCCAAUGAGGGGGAUUGGCCAGAGGCUGUUAGGCUCCUCCUACAACUCGCCCCAUACGUCCAGUUCCGCUCUGGAGGUGGGGCCAACAGCCCGUCAGAGGAGGACUCUGAAGGCAACAGGGACAUCUGCAGUGAGAUUCUCCAGAUGAAAGCUCUCGAGAGGCUCACUUCUACGGUACAAAGUGAGUUGGCAGCUGCUCUUGCCCGAAAGACUCGCAAAGCUUUAUCAGAGCAGGACUCUGAGACGACAGAGACGAGCCAACAGGAGCCUCGCACACCCAGCGAGGAGAGCAGCCCGCUGGGUGGGGUGUGUGCAUUGCGGGGCGGCGGUGGCAGCGGCAGCAGCGGUGGAGGAAUGGGGACGUGCAGCCGCGAGGAGCUGACCAGCCGGCUGGGACUGGAGGCCGUUCAGCGGCUGGCCAAGGACGGCUGCCGGCUGCUGCAAAACCACAACUACCGGCUGCCUGACAGGAACCAGGCGGAGGCACUGGGGAGGGUUUGUCUGAAGGAGAGAGGACGGGACGUAUUGGUGUUGCGGAGAGUGACAUCAUCAGUGACGUCGCCCUCGGACCGGCCCUCACCCACAUCGUCAGGGGGCGGGUCCAGAGAGGAGGAUUGCGACAAGAGGUAUGUCGUUGUAUCGGGGACACCGCUCAAGAUCUUGGAGCAUCUGCUAAGUGACUUGCGGCUGGAUGACCAAAGAGGGGCGCCAGAGAGCAGGGAGAGCGAAAUGCUGCUGGAUGACUUCCUGUUGACCUACCUGGUGUUCAUGUCCACCAGUGACCUCUGUCAGGCUCUGCUGGGACACUAUAGCAGCACCCGAUGCAGGGGCCAAGAAGAGGGCAAAGACGCCCUCUUCAGGAAGCGUAAGGUACUGCAGCUGGUCUCCCACUGGAGCAGGCUCUACAAGGACUUUCUCAAGGAAGAGGAGCACGUUCGGAGUUUCAUGAAGACCCUGUACAGGUGUGUUUUAGAAGAUCUGUAUGAGUACCCCACACUAGAGAAAGACCUGAAGGAGUUCCAGAAACUUCUGCGUCGCAGACACACUGUGGAUGACUGCCCUCCAAACCAAAAGAGUAAACAAAUGCAUCAGCAGUUGAGUUUAAAGGAAAACUGUUUGCAACUCCGAAGUCCCCCAUCUGAGACCAGAGAUGUUAUUUGUUGUGUGUACGUGAGCGCAGACUCCUACCUGAGUGUCCACACACACCCCUCAAUGGAGGCACAUGAGCUGCUAAGAAUUGUGGGUCUGAAAAUGGACAGAGCAGAAGAAGACAUGGUGCUUGCUGUGGUGUCGCACACUGGAGAGCGGAGAGUGUUACAGUCUAGUGACUGUGUCUAUUCAGAGUCUCUGACCCCACAAGGAAAGCUCAUGGCCUGUCGCAGGGAUCUCACCGAGAUCUUGCCUCCUUUAACGGACAGUGCUGAGCUAAGCAGGAGGCCGGUGAGACUCUUAGGUAUUAACACCUGGGAUGUGGCAGCUGCUCUCACACACCUGGACUGGAGCCUUUUCAAAUCCAUCCAUGAGCAGGAGCUGGUGUACUACACGCUCAGCCGUGCUCCUGGUACAGGCCAGACGGCGGCGCUCUCAGUCCUGCUCCAGCGCUGUAACGAGGUACAGCAGUGGGUCAUGUCCGAGGUGCUCAUGUGUGUAUCGCUCAACAAAAGAGUACAGCUGCUCAAGAAGUUCAUCAAGAUCGCAGCUCAUUGUAAAGCCCAAAGAAAUUUGAACUCUGCAUUUGCCAUCAUCAUGGGUCUUAACACAGCAGCUGUCAGCCGACUCAACCAGACCUGGGAGAAAUGUCCGGGGAAGUUCAAGAAGCUUUUCUCAGAGUUGGAGCUCAUCACGGAUCCGUCUCUGAACCACAAAGCCUACAGGGAAGCCUUCAAGAGGAUGAAACCUCCCAAGAUCCCUUUCAUGCCUCUUCUCCUGAAAGAUAUCACCUUCAUCCACGAGGGAAAUAAGACCUUCCAUGACAACCUGGUCAACUUUGAGAAGCUGCAUAUGAUCGCAGACACCGUAAGAAUGAUUCGCCACUGCCAAAGCGACCAGCCAGGCAACGAGGUAAUCGGGGUCGACAGUGCGGAGGUGAGGGCGAGCGUUCACUACCUGCACAUUAUCGACAAUCAGCAGACGCUUUUCGAACUGUCACACAAACUGGAGCCACGCGCUUAAACACACUCACUCACACACACACACACACACACACACACCUACUCUCAUAGGCACACACACACGGGACACAGUGCAGUGGAAAUCCUAGCACCCAAGUACGUGUGGCAUAAAGGGCGCUUUGUAUGGCAAAAUGUCCCACACUCACACAUACACUGCAGCAAAAUCACAGUACCAGCAGAGGUGCCAAGUGGACAAUAAGGUGCCAUGUGUUCUAACAAAAACCCAUGAAGACAAAGAGCUGCCUGUUCUCUACAGGCUUUGUGACAACAAACCUGUUUAUAAAGGAUUUAUAAAGUGUGCACACGAUCUGUGAACUGUCUACAGGAAGAGAUUCUGUGCAGCAAGACGGAGAUUUGCCAAACUGAGACGGAGAGAAGAGGAGGCUGUAAUUAGUUUGUACAGUAUCUAUUGGACUGAAUAUGCCCUUCUUUUUGUUCUUGUGAUGAGAUUUUGGUUAUUUAUGAGCGUUUGGAGCAGGUGGACUAUUCCUUUUAUUUUUGUCAAAGUCUUGACGCCCCCCUCGGAGGUCAACAAGGACUCGAUAGCCUCUUCAUCAUUUCAGUUACUAACACAAAAACAUCUGAGGAGCUAUAUUUGUUUAUAACCUGACAGCUACAAUUGGUCCUUAUUGAUGGUCUCAUAAUUUCAUUGGCAUAUCACAUACCUGCUUCCUGAUGCACGUAUAUCCAGGACACAUGCCAUAGUUAUUUAGGUGUGUGAUGUGGAGCUUUCUUUGGUUAUUGUGAGGUAGCAUAUUAUGUAACACAAGCAUCAGCAGCCAGUGUUGAAGCAGUGCAACACAUUUCUACUCCUUUUUCACCUUUUCUCACCGAGGCUGUCGUUUAACUAAAAAUGUACAGUGAGUGGCAAAAGGCAUGAUGUUAACAGUGUAACUUAUCUGGCGCGUGAAGGAAACAUCGUGAGAGGUUUUCAUGACUGCCUCUGACGUUUCAAACACUAAAGCGCUGCUGAACGUUCCAGAGUUCAAACACUGUUGAUGAAUAGUGAACAUUUUCCAGUCCUGGUUGACAGUUAGCCAAACACUUCUCAUGCACUCUUCUCUGUGAUGUUUUUGUGUGAAUAGAUAAUGAUAGUUUUACAUUGUAUAUAAUAUGGACCUAUACAUUUUUCAGUGCCAAAUGUCACAUUGAGUCCUGCAGCAUAGAUGUACUGUAGAGCUCUUGGUUUGGUUAGGAAUCAGUGUCUCUUUCUUUUUUUUUUUUUUCUUUUUUCUUUCCUUGAAUGAGCCCUGGAAUGACGUCUGGUCCUUGAUGUAAAGCCAAUCUGACUCCAUGCAGAGAUGCUUUCUGACAUUAUGAUGACUGAUUUCAGGGUGCGUUAUGGUAUCCCACUCACCACGGGUUGCUAUGGAAACACAACCCCAUCAUAGAGCUAUUUCUUUUCUUUUUUAAUCCUUGAGUUAUGUUACACUAACAGAUAAGUCAAAGCACUGCACUGCAGACCUUUGUUAAGAAAUAGCUUUAUUCAACAAAAUCAUGUUCAUGGGAUGAGAUUUUGACAUUGAUGAUUCAUUCUUAUUGACUGAAAAGAUCACUUCAUUCAGAAGUGGACUUAUUUAAACUGUCUGUGAAAACCAACACAGGGUGUGGACAGAGUAAUGGAAGCACAAGGGCACAUACUUCCUCCAUUAUAGAAAGACUAUUGGCUGGAAAAAACAUCCUCACACUCAGACAUCUUCCUGUUGAUGUGGCCAUGACGUGAAAAACAUCUAUUUGUUAUUCAAAUCACUGAGGGACCAGCCUGUUAAUGUUACUCUGGCUCAGUCUGUGGUCACCAGGAAAGAAAUGCAGCAUGUGAUGAGGGGAAUCAUUCAGAAAUUAUACAUGAGCAUGAUGAUACAUACAAAUUAAGACAAGAAACGCACUAUUUAAAACCAUGAGCAGUCUUCACAUCCUGCAGACCUUCAUAGUGUUUGUGUUAUUUUGUCUUUGCCCUGUUCAUGCAUAGCCAGUCACCUCAGUGGUACAUUUCUGCUGAUUCCAAAGGCAAGAUUCCUAAAUGUUAUGUAGCGAUGCAUGUCUUGCAUUGUUUGGAUAGUUAUAAAACAUGGGGGGUUAAGUGCAAUACAGUAGAAAUGUGGUUGCCACAAGUCUUCAUCAUUUCAACACUAAGCCUUUCAGAGCACAGAGCUGCUUUCUCAUUUUAAAACCUCUUUGGUUCAUGACAAGGACAAGAUGAUGUCAAGGUGAAGACCUGCUUUUAAACAUAUUCUUUGUGUUAUGAGCAGUUUAGUCAUUGUAUGUUUAUUAAAAACCAUUUUAAAGACAAACUCUAAGCUGUUGUUCCUGCAGAUGCUCUGACACUGAAUAUGGAGCCAGUUCUGUGGAUACUUAUUGUCACCCAAGUUCAUUAAUUUAAAUUGAAAGCUUACCUGAGACAUUUAUGUUGUACUAUUUAAGAUUAAACAAUAACAUUUGUAACUUCAGAAAAUGGAUUUCCCCUUUAAAGCGAGACUAUAUGGCUUUGGCUGAAUGGCAGCCACUGCAGCUUUCAGAGACAUUUAUGGGAUAAUGCUAAAUGGAAAAAUCCUUUUUAGCAUUGAACUAAACACUAAUUAAGCAUUUAGCUAAAAAGCUAAACCACUGUAAUAGUAGCACAAGUGGAGAACAGCUGUAAAGUCAGCAAACUGGCUGUUAUAAAGAUAUAUUCACCUAAACUUACAUUAGCCACCAUUAACUACUGGUGAUUCCAAACUCCCGAGUGUCUUCAAUUAAGCAACGGUGUGUUUCAUUGCUUGUGAGCCCAGAUUUUCAGUUAUAAGAGGAACACUUAUUCUUCUCUUCAAAAUGACAAAGUCUUGCUUUAAAGAUGCUUUCUGUGAAACUGAGUCAGUGAUCUUUGACUGCUGGAGCCAAAAAAUCAGAGCCAUGGUCUGUUCAUAUUCAGUGUCAUACAAAGGCCUUGUGGUAGUCAUUUUUACUAUUAACCUGUACAUGACGCACACACGCACAAACAAACCUCUGCUCAUUGCGUUCAAAGAGCAGGAUAAUUGUGCUAUACUAGUUAUUUAUUGUAAUAUAUUGUUUAUUUAUGUGUUUCUGAGGUAACAGAAGCUCAUGUGCCAUGUUCGGAGGUUCAACAAUGUGAAAGGGCAUUCUUAAGAAAGGAAAGAUGUUUGUGGUUUGAAGCUGCGUUGCUGGAAUGUAAAAGUACUUGCUGUUAUGUUUGUGGCCACUUGAUGGCAGCAGAAGAGCAAGUCAAUGUGAUAACGCUCAUCUCUUUCCACUGGUGUGAAAUGCUGUAAUGGACAGGAAACCAACAGGAGGGUGUAUUUAGUGUUUUAUCGGCCGUUGUCAUUACUGUGUAAAGUUCUGUUUUUUAAAGCAAUGUUGUUUAAAACCUGUUUGCAUGUUGAAACAAAAAACACAAAGUUCACAAUGCAAGAGAGGACACAUUGAAGGCUUUGUACUAUUGUAAUAUUGUUGAUGUGUAAAUAUAUUCCCACGUUUGGUAUGUUGUUAUUAUUUAUCAGUUGUAAAUGAAAAAAAAAAGUCAACCACAAAGCAAUACGUCUCCCCUUGUGUCCCCUCAACCUUCUGACAGCUGAAGCCACAUGUCUUUUCUAAAGCUGCGUUUUACUAUGUCAAAAUAUGACUGAAAUGAAUAAAUUAUAGGUUUUAUGUGACCUCUGCAUGUGA